AAAGUGUUUAUAAAUAUUGUUGCUUGCCAGAAGCUUUGAAUCGUUGAGGCAGUUGAAGUAAUUUCACGUACAAAUAUUCUAUACGUUUGUUACAACGAGCAAUAUACGUUAUAUCUUCAACAUACGUUGGCUGUUAACAUAUGUUCAAUUAUAUAUUUAUCUUAGCUCGCGUGGAGAAAGGAAACGAUAGGCGUUAAUUAAUGAUUUUAUUGUUUCGCUGAUCUGCGCACUUAAUUGUUGGUUCCCGACGUUGACGGGUAUAAACCGUGAACGCAUAGCAAAGGCUGUGAGCAAAUGGAAUUUAUACCAAACAGUUUGUAGUGCGUGAUUCCCGUGGGAAAUCCGGUUGAAGUGAAAUAUUCGGUAGCCUAGUUUCCCAGUCUGAGAAAGAAUAGCGGAACGCACGCGGUCGAAUUAAAAUAUUACAUUACAUACACCCGAUUAUACAUUCGUCCGAGACGGGUCAGUCGAACGUAGCUUAUCCAAGUAUUCUUCAUAUUGAAAUACGCUUCGCGUCCAUUUUAUAUUUACGACUGUUACUAUUAAAUUGCGGCGUUCAAACGAAACGAUACGACAAGAAUUUUGAAUCUUUUACAUUGUUACAAUCCCUGUUUCAUACACGUUUCAUCUGAAACUGUAUGUACUCUUCCAUCGUCGGUAUACGCACCAAACGAGAUCGAUAUCGCCGUGGCAUUCAGAUCGAUUCGUUGAAGCGAAUCGAGAACUCGUGUCUGUCUGCCACCGACAGAGAACGAUAACGGGUGAAAAAAAGCCGCGCGACAUACAAGUGCGUUCGCGCAUACAACGGCCUAUCAAUUCAAAAAGCACCGAACGAAGGCUCGGUCGAGCGUUUAUCGCUGAUACGACGAGAAUCUUUAAUCGAUAUCGACCAUGUUUAAAUGCUGCGUGUGCAACAAGAGCUCGAAGAAGGAGAAGCCGGAGGUGACGAAACCGGCGGCGAAACAAAGCCAGAGAGUCGUCGACUCGCAGCAGGUAGACGUCGAUCCCUCGAAAGUCGGGGAAAACGGGCCGGUGAACCGGGAAGAAAAGCCGAACGGCGACGUGUCGAGAUUCGAGAAAGCGUCGCCGCCGAUGGACAAAGGCACCCCGGAAGUGAUCGACGAUUUGACCGUCAAGAGUCCGUUGCCUUCUGGCAAGCGCGACGAGUUCAACGACGAUUCCCGAUCGUCGAGAACCAACAGGGACCAGGCGGAGGACGACGAUGACACCGAUGUCGACGAUGGAAGCGAUCGAACGAAGAACGGGGAAACGGGGGACGAGGCGAAAGGAGUCAAAGACGCGAUAGGUGAAGAGGCGGACGGAAGCGAGACUGUAAACGGAAACGACGAGGGGGGCGGCGGGGGUGGUAUGCUGGGGACGAUACUGAAUUCCGGGGUUACUGGCACCGCCAGAACCAAUCUUUACGACUCUUUCGGGUACAUCGAGAGAACGGUCGAUGACACGCUGGACGAGGAAGGCGACGAUUCCGUCUUCGAAGCCUGUCCCAACGACGUGAAUAAAAAUCCACCGCAAGAAGACGACGAUGGCCAGCACGACUCGGAAGAAUGCAGCGGAAUGCAAGAACCACCUGCGACCCCGGUUGCACGCGACGAGCUAGCUUUGAGGCGUCACAGAUUUUUCUCCGAUCUGUUGCACGCCGCGCAAAACGCACAGGAACACAAAGUGCGGUUCGAUCCACUGGGACCAGUGGUGCACACCGGUUGCGAAGCGAACGAUAAGGAGGAACAUUUGGAAGAGCUGGUAAAUAGAUUAGAAAACGUUACAAAGAGAUUGGAGAAAGUAAGAAUCCAACCUGUGACUGAAACUCAGGAUUCUGCUGUUCAAACGAACACACCAUCGCCGAAAAGGUCUCAGUCAAUAGCCAACAGCGCACCAGGACAAUCCGCCUCGCCUCCUCGUUCGUCAGAUAGAACAACGUCACACAAGAUCGUCAGCAUGUCCGUCGCGGGCUACGAAGACCUCCUACAUGGUCCGGUAAAAGAGUAUUUGCAGCAGAGUCAGAAGAUCGGCGGUGACGUAGCUUCACACAGCAAGCUCGUGGAGAAAGCGUUUCAAAUUCAGUUCGAAUUUAUUCGGACCGCUGCGAGUCGGGCAGCCCCGGCGAGCCAAUCGGAGCAGAUCUCUCUGCUGGCUCCUACGUCUACUCAAAUCCAACAGAUUCAAGAGUUCCGAGAGAAGAAUAGAGCAUCUCCGUUCUUCAAUCACUUGUCGGCCAUCAGUGAAAGUAUUCCGGCUUUAGGAUGGGUGGCAGUGUCACCUACUCCGGCUCCUUACGUCAAAGAAAUGAACGAUGCCGGACAGUUCUAUACCAAUCGUGUGUUGAAGGAGUGGAAGGAAAAAGAUAAAGUGCACGCCGAAUGGUGCAAGGCCUGGGUACAGACGCUCAGUGAUCUUCAACAGUAUGUGCGCCAACAUCACACGACAGGUCUGGUGUGGGCAAAAACUGGCUCCGCACCAAUGGGCAUACCACCACCACCUCCUCCAUGUAUGCCCAUGGGGGACGUGGCACCGGUGGGAAUCGGUGACGACAGAAGCGCUCUUUUCGCCGAAAUCAACCAGGGAGAGGCAAUUACAAAGAACUUGAAGAAAGUCACUUCGGACAUGCAGACGCACAAGAAUCCGUCGCUGAGAACUGGACCGGCACCAUUUAAAGCCCCGUUCGUCGACAGUGCUCUGCCAACAAAAGCAGUGCCGCCAGCGAAUGCACCGAUCACGAAACCUCCUGUAUUCACGAGAGAUGGAAAGAAGUGGCUUGUGGAGUAUCAUCAAGGUAACAAAGAUCUCGUCAUUGACAACGUGGAGAUGAACAACGUCAUCUACAUGUUUCGAUGUCAGGAGAGUACCUUGGUCGUGAAAGGCAAAGUCAAUUCCAUCGUUAUGGAUUCGUGCCGCAAAUCAUCCAUUGUCUUCGACUCCGUCGUGUCCAGCAUCGAGUUUGUCAACUGUCAAAGCGUGCAAAUGCAGGUGCUAGGAAAGGUCCCCACCAUCUCUAUUGACAAGACGGAUGGCUGCCAGGCGUACUUGAGCCCGGAAUCGUUGAACGUCGAGUUCAUCAGCAGCAAAUCAAGCGAGAUGAACGUUAUGGUACCUAAGGGAAACGGCGAUUACUCCGAGUACCCAAUACCGGAGCAAUUCAAGACGACCAUCGGCGCGAAAGGACUCAGUACGAUCGCUGUUGACUCGUUGGGCUAAAGAGACAAACUCCUCGUAGCCCGAGUUAAAGAGUCUGUUUAAGAGUUCAGCUGAUUAGAGGUAUUAAUCUUUUGAGAAUUCGUCGAUUUAUUAUUUAUUGCUUCUUUAAUUAACUUUAGGAGCUAGGAGAAAGUCGGUGAGCUGAGCUAGUACACUUUCGAGAGCAUAGAAUUGAAUUAGAUGAAUCGAUUGAACGUUUCAACAUUUGCUGCCCCUGUUUCGUUGUAAAAUGUAUUCGCGCGUUUCGUGGAGGCCGUCGAUUCCACCUGAAACGUAAAUAGAGUUUGAUUGAGUCGAGCCUUGACGCAGUUUAUACGUAAAACCAUUUGUGAUCCGAAAUUUUGUAAUAUAGUACCGAUUAGAUCCCUAGCGAUUGCGACUCGUACGAGUCGGGCAGGUAGCGAGAGGAAAUAAAUGGAAUCGACGUUCUUCACGAAAACGCUAUUACGCACGGUUGGUGCUGAGACAAGGAGACCGUAGCUGCUUGGGUAAAAAAAUCUACGGGUAUGGACAAAAGUUUCUCCACUCUUAAAUCGGACCUUUUAUACAUUUACACCAGUUUUUUAUCGCGAUCGAACUUUUGUCCACACCGAUCGGUUCACGUGAGAGUUUGUCAGUCGGCCAUGGAAUUGCCACUCGAUGUCUUCGACGGAGGAAGAACGAGCGCGUGUCUACGCAUCUCGUUGGUAAAGUACGAGUAGGGAAGGAUUUACGAGCCGUUUAGGGACGUCAUAUCAAUAGUCGGAUACGUUUUACCCUUGGACUUCCGCAGCAGUCUCGUUUUAUAUUUGCCACGUUUCAUCGAUACUAUCGCGUAGGAUGGAUUGCUUCAGAUCAAAACGUUCGGUUUCGAUAUCUCCCUUGUACGAUGAAUUUGGAACUCGAUCUUUCGGUUCGCGAGUCUUCCGAAUUUACGAGUGUUCGUAGAUAGAAUUAUUGAAUUCAUUUUACGUUUGAUCGUUUGCCCGCGUGCGUUCGAGGAUGAUACGCGUAAAUAGAAAAAUGAUCAAAAACAUGGUUGUGCACAAGUCUUGACGAUCCGGCCGGUCUUGUUCGGCGUGUUGAUCGUGCAACAUGAUAAAUGAAAUAUGAAACGUUCGAUAUAUUGAACUCUGUCAGCGAGCUGUUUGAACGUGACGUAAAUUAUAUUGUGAUUCUUACCAUUCGGUAUAUUGUGCUAAUCGUAGAUAUAAUCUAAUGUUAAAACUACCUAGAGGCACGAGCUAGAACGACGAGAUCAUAAUUAGACUAUGACGGUGACUCUAGCAGGUUUGAUCCAUUUUACGAGGGAGAGAGGGUGCGAGAGUGGCCAAGAGAAAUUUUGAAGAAUUGCGACUCUUCUAUCGUUUACAUGUAUGGUACUAAACGUGUUUGAUCAUUACGAAACGAUGUUUGUUUGACUGAUAAGAUAAUUUACUCGAAGGAUCGUACUGCCCGCGACGCAGUAAUCUCCGACAGCCUUCGAUUCAAUAUCGACAAGUGUUACGUCGAAAAUAAUUAAUAUUUAUUUCUAAAUAUGAUUUCCAAUGCUAUUUCCAAUCGUCCUAAUAAAACAGAUUAUUACUAUACUACUUGAA